AUGGCCACCCCUGAGUUUGACCCCGACUGCGAAGUCAAAGCAUGUGCAUUCACAUCUAAGAAUUAUCGUGAUGUGUACCCAGCCAUCGAUCCUUCUCGUCCUGACCUCUCCCAAGCCGGAAAGGCUUUUGCAGCAUCAUUUGCCCGCGCCAAUGUCGCUGCCCUUGGCCUCAUUGGCCGAUCAGCUGAGGGCCUGGCUGAGACAGAGAAGCUCAUCAACAAGAUCAAUCCAGAGACGAAGGUCCUCUCAAUCGUAGUCGACGUCACGGAUGAGGCUGGCAUGAGCAAUGCCUUUCGGAACAUCGUGGUCCGGCUCGGAGUACCGCAUGUGUUGGUCAACAAUGCAGGAACGCUUGUUUCCCUCAAGCCGAUUGUGGAUACAGAUGUGGACUCGUGGUGGAAGACACAGGAAACUAACGUGAAAGGAACCUUUGUAGCCACUAAGGCUUUCUUGAACCAGAUUGGAGCCAGCCCAUCGGCAGCAACAAUAAUCAAUAUGACUUCGAUGGCAGCCCAGGGGGUCCCGCCCGGGAUGAGCUCCUAUUCUCCCGCCAAGCUCAGUGUGGUCAAGUUCACACAGUUCCUGGCUGCCGAGCAUCCAACCAUCACCUCCAUCAGUCUCGACCCGGGCGUAGUACCCACAGACAUGGGACACAGCGUGCCGUAUCUUGCGCCGCUCAUGAAAGAUACCCCCGAGCUGUCCGGAGGCACAGCUGUCUGGCUCGCCAGCGGCGAUAAAUCGUUUCUGUCCGGAAGAUACGUCUCUGUCAAUUGGAAUGUGGAAGAGCUUGAGAAAAGAAAGGUAGAGAUCAAGGACGGUAAUCUGCUGACAUUCCGUCUGAAUGGAUGCUUUGGCGGACCCGAAGUGACAGUGGAGGGUAGUAAGUGA